UAGCCUUUGCUAGUUUUCCUUGUUGAUGGACAGAUACAGCUUGAUCCCCCUCUCCCUCGCCCGCUCCCUCUCUCUCUCCUGGCCAGCGAGAUUCAUCGGUCCAUAUAACCGGAAACGCACUCCACCCUCGCUCCUCACCACUCGUUCGUGCGUCCAUGGAACCCUAGAAGAGAAGUACGCACCCUCCACUCCUACCUAGAGCUCCCUCCCAUCAGAAACAAGCUGCUUGGAGAGCCAUCGGUCCGUCGAGCUCCACCACGCGGCAUAUCACACCACACGCCCCCCCAUGGCGCACGCUUGUCCCCGGAGCUCGGUCGAUUCCACAGCCUCAAGCCAGUGAGUGAGCGAGGAAGGCCGGCCGGGACACUGUACUUGCACCGCGUCCUCGCUUCCAUUCCUAACCCCUUUCCGGCCGUCUUCUCUGCUCUCUCUAGCGGAUAAAUUAAGCGGCCGGGAGGAUGAUGAACCUGCCAGCCGCAGCUGGGAACUCCUGCGACGAGUUCGGCUAUGGGGCUCCCAACCCGCCGCCGCCGUCGCUCUUCCCGAUCAUGGACCACCAGGAGGGGGGCGGCGGCAUCCACAGGGAGCACGACCACCACCACCACCACCUCGGUGGUUACACCCUCGAGCCCAGCUCGCUGGCGCUCCUCCCCCCGUCCAGCCACGCCACCAUCGCUGCCCACAGCCCCCACGACAUCCUCCAGUUCUACCACCACCCCACCUCGCACCACUACCUCGCCGCCGCCGCCGCAGGUGGCAACGGCAGCCCCUACGGCCAAUUCGGCGGGGGAGGCACUGCCGGCGGCUUCCAGUCGUACUACCACCAGCAGGUGGGAACGGGCGCGCCCGAGUACUACUUCCCCACCUUAGUCAGCUCCGCGGAGGAGAACAUGGCGAGCUUCGCGGCCACGCAGCUCGGGCUCAACCUCGGCUACCGGACCUACUUCCCACCCAGAGGCGGCUACACCUACGGCCACCACCCGCCCCGGUGCCAGGCCGAGGGCUGCAAGGCAGACCUCUCCGGCGCCAAGCGCUACCACCGCCGCCACAAGGUCUGCGAGCACCACUCCAAGGCUCCCGUCGUCGUCACCGCCGGCGGCCUCCACCAGAGGUUCUGCCAGCAGUGCAGCAGGUUUCAUCUGCUUGAUGAGUUCGACGACGCGAAGAAGAGCUGCAGGAAGCGCCUCGCCGACCACAACCGCCGUCGAAGGAAAUCAAAGCCAUCCGAGGCCGAUGCCGCUGACAAGAGAAGGACACAGGCCAGCAAAGCAGCAAGUACCAAAGGCACAGCCGGAAGCAGCAGCAAGAGCACCGGCACCGGAGACGGGAUGGACAUACAAGUACAGCUGGGUAGUGGAGACCUGUCCAAAAAUCAGGACGAAACCAUGGGACUCGGCGAGGUGGUGAAAGAAAUGCAGGUGGAUCCCAAGGGGAAAGCAUCAAUGCAGCAGCAGCAAGGACACCAUGGCCAUGGUCUUCACCUGCAGAGCCAACAUGGCUUCCCUUUCCCUUCGUCCUCUGCAGGCUCGUGCUUCCCUCAGAGCCAAGCUGUCUCGAGCACUCACAACACAUCAAAUAUCGGCCAAGUGCAGCAAGAACAGCCAGGCUUGGGGUUCCAUCAGCAUAGCAACAUCCUUCAGCUCGGACAGGCCAUGUUUGAUCUCGACUUCGAUCACUAGCAAUCCAAACUAUUCAAAAAGCUAAUAUAAUUAGUAUUAUUUAAUGCUCCCUCGUACGUGUGUGUACGUCGAUCGGAUCAUUUCUUUCUAUCUUGUCUGUAUUAAUUACCGUAAUAUGAUAUAAUAAUGGUAGUUUGUGCAGUGGCAAUUUCCUAUAUAUAUUUGGUUAGAGGUGCUUCAAUGCCCUACCAAAAGGUGGUACUAGUACAAUUCAUACAUUUAGUACCUUUAUAAGUUGCCUCAUGUACUUGGCAGUAGUUAUGCUCUUUGUACGUCACAGCUGAUUAAUGGGUUGGGG